AGGGGAGGAAUUGACGGCACUAGGACCCAGAGCCGGUGUGAACAGUUGCUCAUCGAGCGUCGCAGCCAUAUGAUGUCAAGAGGCAGAGGCACCGGAGCCUGACUUGCCCGAAGCCAGUGUUGAGUGCCUCCGUCCGCAGGUGGCCGGCUGCCUGGAUCCACGGCCGUUUGCCUCCGCCUGCCCGUGGGGACGUGACGGAGCAGCCGCAGCGAUGGCCACGGAGGCGAGAGGCAAGAAGAGGAGCAAGAGUCAGUACCAGAGCACGGCCGGGGGGAAGCGGCAGCGCUCUGGCCGGGAGCUGGAGGUGGGAAUGCAGGGAAUGCUCAUCACCUGUAACAUGAACCAGAGGAAGUGCACGGCCGAGGCUUACAGCCUCCUCAACGAGUACGCAGACCAACUGUAUGGCCCCGAGAAGUUUGCUGAGGACGACGGGCAGUCGAAGAGCGAGGGCGAGGAGUCGGAGGAUGACGUGGAAACCGCUUUGAAGAAGGAGGUGAACCAAAUCUACACGUCCACCGCAAGGCAGCUGCGGAGGUUCCAGGCCCUGGAGAGCGGGGCCAACAAUGUGGUCUUCAUCAGAACACUCAACAUUGCAGAACCGGACAAGCUGGUGCAUCACAUUCUGAAGGAUCUGCACACGACCAAGAAGAAGAAGACGAGAGCCAUUCUGCGCAUGUUGCCCGUUUCAGGCUCGUGCAAGGCUUUCAUGGAGGAGAUCCCCAGAUACUUUGAGACCUUCAUGGAGCCCUGGUUCAAAGCCCCCAAGAAAGCCACCUUCCAGAUCGUCUACAAGGCCAGGAACAACAGUCACAUGAGUAGAGACAAUGUCAUCAAGGCUCUGGCAGGUGUAGUGAUCAGCCUGAACCCUGAGAACAAAGUGGACCUGAACAACCCAGAGUAUACCAUCAUUGUGGAGAUAAUCAAGAGUGUUUGCUGUGUGAGUGUGGUGCAGGACUAUAUUCUCUUCCGCAAGUACAACCUACAGGAAGUGGCCAAGAGCGAGACGGAGGAAAGUCGGGGAACACAGCCCGAGCCGGACAGGAGCCGGUGUGUGAUCGAGCCCCGGGAAGGCAAGGAGGCAGAGAUCAAAUCUAGUGGGGAGGAGCAGGAAACGUCUGUCACAGGUGAGAGUGAGAGGUCCCAGGAAGCGACCAGCCAACAGUAGAGAGACAUCACUCCCAGCGAGUCAGACCCACUCUGUUCACUGCCCAAUCGCUGGUUAUCAGUGUGACCUCUUCCCAUAUCUAUUGCAUUUUUUUUACCACAGAGAUUUUUCCUGAGAGCUCGUAAACGUACCACAACGUCUCUUUUUCUUAAUAAAGUGAGUUUUGUUCAGUUU